AUGUCUUCCUCCUCAGGAGUUAACGUGCUGAGAUACACGGCCCUUGGCCUGGGUGUGUUCUACGGCUUCACACAUCAGCGAACGAUCACAGCAAGCCAGAAGGCUGCCGCUGCCACGAAGGAGUACGAGCGCAAGCAGAAGUUGAUCGAUCAAGCAAAGGCCGAGUUCGCGAAGAAGAGCCAGCCCGUCACGGCGGCGGCUGCUGAUGCCGGUGGUGCGUUCUCCCUCGAUAAGACGUGGCCGGCUUUUGGACCCAACGUCGACCCGAUGGACCCCAAGUUCGACCUGGAGGCCUACUUCAACAACCUGGUGAAGCAGAACCCGUAG